AUGGCACCCAAGAGGAAGCCUAAGAACCAAAUUACGAAGCCCAAUUACAAGCUGCAAAGGCCCGGGCUGUUAGAUUCUGCGUCAAUUGCCACCGUUUACCGCGGUUUGACUCGGAAAAUCCAGAAACGAACCCCGCUUCGAAAUGCACAACUGUUUAUUCCGCUGAGCGCCACGUUGGCAGAUAUUAUAGAUGAAACCCAGUUUUCGGGCCUACAAACCGGAGUUCUGCAAACUCGAAAAACACCAGACCACGAACAAGCCUUCUUGUCGUUUUCAAACUUUAAUCCUUUGGAGUGCGCAUACGUGCUGUCAUUUUUAUUUUACAACGGCUCCCGACAGUGUGCCAGGGAUUCUAAGGACCACUGGACUGUACCCAAGGGUGCGCAUCUGCGUGGUUCUUUCUACGUGUAUAAGAGUUGCGACGUUUCUCCAGAAACGUCGACAAUGAAGCCCAAGAAAUCGGUUCUCGAUAGCGCCAGAGCCCACUAUCAGAUCAACGUUUCGGAAGUGUCCGAUGUGGCUCAUUUUAAGGAAGUUUAUGUCUCUGGUCUCGGUCUUUUGGACUUCAUGCAAGCAACGAUGGAACUAAUCGAGCGGUUAAGGUUUCGAUCGUGUCCCAGCCAUUUAAGCGAGCUCUUCGGUAUGAAAUUAGCGGAGAAAAGUAGUCUUGCCGCCGUCAAGAUCAACGAGAUCCCGUUUAUUGCCAAAGGACUUCUCAUCGACACAUCGGACGUUGCCAAGACCAAUGCGGACGUUUUGGAGAAAUCAAGAGUAGCGCUCAACAAGUUUGCACAAGAUUUGACGUCAACCGAAUUGAAAAGCGAGACUCCCGCUCUUGCUGACGCCAAAGGCACGUCCGCCAGAAACGCGCAUGACAAUCAACCAAAUCAAAGAAAACAUGCAAGAACAACGAAUCAAAAUGCAUCCAACGCAAUUCCAAGAGACACAACGUCUCACCGAGGCAAUAGCCCUGGAUUUCUGUCGCAAGAGCAGAUUAACCACUAUUGCAUUGCCACCAUCAAGGCCUCAGUGGAUUUAGUUAAAACGAAAUCCUCAUAUCAAAUUCUCAAAACGUAUAUCAAGUAUCCGAGACAGUUUUACCUGGACCUGCUCUACGACAAUCUGGAUCGCAUGAGAGCGAGCACCAAUUGCAAUAUCGUUGUCCUGAACCUAAGCAACGUUCACGAAGCUGGACCUUGGUUGGAUUCCCUCAACACAUCCAAAUAUACCGAAGUGAAGUCGUCUCCGCAUCCAAACACGACACGGGUUGUCAGCAUUGGAGGUAUUGGCGAGCAUAUAGUUCAAGCGCUACAGAUGCUACUGGAGCUACUAAAUAAGGAUGGGAGCUGA